AUGCAUCACCGAAACAAGCUGGCCGACGAUCAACUCCGCCCAAGAAGGCUCUGCGAAUUUCACGUACUGCGAGCGAGUCAUUUGACAGCGCGCUAUCUCGACUCCCAUCUCGUUCGCCGUCCGAAUCAUGCUGACGCCGAACCAUUCAUGGAUGCUGAUGAGACCCUUCAACAAUCUGUGAGAUCGCUUCACCAAAGUCGACACCCGCUAGAGUCCACGGCCGCCCAAGAUGUGGAUGCCAGUCUUCCUAGUCCUAGACUGUCCCCCAAGUUGACGGCUGUAAAGACCGAGCCCAACGACUCGCUGACUGUCGAUGAGGACGAGGAAUCGCCGUCUCUUGGCCCUCACCAACUCCUUUGGAACGGCGAUUCUCAGAUAACCACCACUGACGACUCGGAAAUAACAUCACCUGGAGCCCUCGUGACAGGCCAUCGCGGUCAACUCAGCAGACACUCUGGUACACCACCGCAUCUCCUUGAUCCACGAACCAUGCUCGAGUCAUUUGAUGCCAUGCCAUCUGAUAUGAAGACUCUGAUGCUCUAUCAGUUCCUCCGUCGCUGUCCGCGAAAGACGUUGCGGAUAGUUGCCGACGUUGUCAACCCAUCCCUACAAUGCGAUUUCCUGAAGCAACUUCCCCUUGAGCUCAGCUACCACGUCCUAUCCUACCUCGACCACAAAGAUCUUUGUCGUGCGACUAGGGUCUCCAAGCAUUGGCGGAACCUCAUCGAUAGUAACGAGACGGGCUGGAAAGAGCUUUUUGACCGCGAUGGGUUCAAACUUCCUGCGGGCGAGCUAGAAAAGGCUAUCCGCCAGGGAUGGGGAUGGCAGGACCCCGAUGGACCCGAGGGUUGCGAAGUUGACCUUAGUGCGCAGCGGCGACUCAACUCCACCGAGGCGGAACUAACACAGGUGAUCUGCAAGACGGAGCCAACGUCCCGGCUAAGGAGCUCGAAGCGCAAGCGUGGCCUCAGCACCAUCUCGGGUGUCGACCGAUCCAAGAGGCGAGCCAGCUCUAGCGUCGCCUUCAAGGACUCGAACAGCCAGCUGGAACCCGGACAACAUAAAUCGGAGGGACCCUUGUCCGCCGCCAACGCCGCUGUCCUAGCCGUACCUGACCCACAGUUGGGCCUUGCGAGCCUGCGCAGGCUCCAUCUUUUCAAGUCACUCUAUCGACGGCACCACAUGAUCAGGGAGAGUUGGACGAGUGGAAAAGUCCAGCCAUCCCACGUUGCCUUUACCGCGCACCCGCGACACGUCAUCACCUGUCUACAGUUCGAUGACGACAAGAUUAUCACAGGCAGUGACGAUACACUCAUCCAUGUUUAUGAUACAAAAACGGGCAAGCUGAGGAAGCGUCUUGAAGGCCACGAGGGUGGCGUCUGGGCACUUCAGAGAUAUAUCCAGACGGGCCCACCGGCCAACGACAGCGACUGCCCGUAUUUUAUCCGCACUCUUACCGGCCAUACCCACUCAGUGCGUGCUAUCGCGGCGCAUGGCGAUACUCUUGUCAGUGGAAGCUACGACCACUCGGUACGGGUGUGGCGCAUCAGCACCGGCGAAUCCUUGCACGUUUUACACGGUCACACCCAAAAGGUUUACAGCGUCGUCUUGGACCAAGAUCGCAAUCGGUGCAUCUCGGGCGCGAUGGAUUCCCUUGUCAAGAUUUGGGACCUUGCCACGGGGGCUUGCCUCUACACUCUUGAAGGACACAAUUUGCUCGUCGGCAUCCUGGAUCUUCGCGAUGAGAGACUUGUCUCUGCUGCGGCCGAUAGCACUCUGCGGAUUUGGGACCCGGAGAAUGGCCGCUGCAAGAAUGUGCUAUCAGCCCACACCGGCGCGAUCACCUGCUUCCAGCACGACGGCCGCAAGGUGAUUUCGGGCAGCGAGAGAACUGUGAAAAUGUGGGAUAUCGCGACGGGUAACUGCCUUCAAGAUCUCCUGACAGAUCUCGGUAGUGUCUGGCAGCUAAAGUUUGACUAUCGACGAUGCGUGGCCGCCGUUCAACGCCAGUCGAUUACAUAUAUCGAGAUUCUCGACUUUGGCGCUGUUCGUGAUGGCAAACCACCAGAAGAGCUAGGCAGGAGAAUCCUGCUCGACGAGGCGGAGGUCCGACGUCUCAUGGAAGAGGAUGCAUAG